AUGAUCGAGUACUCGGACAUCAAAAUGGCGAUCCAAGCGAAAUCCGGUCUCCAUGGGCAAGACAUUUACUCGGGCUGCUGCUCCAUCAAGUGUGAGUUCGCCCGGACGGACAAACUCAACGUCUACAAGAAUGACGACACGACUUGGGACUAUUCUGUCUCUUCCCAAGGCCAAGGGCAAAAGAAGCCGUGUGGCCUUUUGGGCGACCGUCCCAUCCUCCCCAAUGGCGCGGCUCCCUUCACCGCCGAACGAGAGUCCGUCCCGCCGCAAGUUCCGUUUCCGGUUUACAACGCAGAUGGACACAGGUAUCCCCCGCCGCGAGGAAUGGCGCCCCUCGACCCGCAAGCUUACAAUGCCGGCUUCGAGAGAUACCCUCCUCAAGAGUCCUGCAAUACUUCAGUCGUCAUGGUUUACGGAGUGGACGACAACAUGAGCUGCCAGCGGCUUUUCAAUCUUCUCUGCGUUUACGGAAAUGUGCUCAAAGUCAAGUUUCUUCGAUCAAAGAACAAUACCGCCAUGGUUCAGCUGGGAGACCCGCAAGCAGUGGACCGUUGCUGCCAGUUACUGACCGGGACUCGUCUUUUUGGCAAUUUGCUGACUCUGGCACCUUCGAAGCAGCUGCACCUGGUCGACACUUCUUCGGCGAUCUUCGACUUGAGCGACGGCUCCCCUUCGUUUAUGGACUUCUCGAGCUCGCGGAACCACCGCUUCACCUCGCAAAAGAUGGCAGCAAUGAACAGAACGCAAAAACCGAACAAGUCGCUUCACUAUUACAACGCGCCCAUGGACUUUUCCGAAAAAGACAUUCAAGAAAUCUGCUCGAAAGAAAACUUGACUACUGUCCAGAUUAAGGUUUUCCCGCCAAAAGACUCGAAAGUGAAGACUUCCAGUGGAAUCGUCGAGUUUAGCAAUACCGAGGAAGCAGUCAAGGCUCUCGUUCUUCUCAAUCACCUCGAACUUGAAGGGCGCCAGAUUCUGAAACUCUGCUUUUCUUCAACGAAAUAA